AUGAAUUUCGAUAAUUUUUUGAUAACAAUUCAUUAUUUGCUAAAUAUAAAGAAAGCCUCAUACACUAAAGCUUUUUCUUUUAUAUGCAUAGGGUCAUUGCUGUUUUAUUUCAAUUUGCUGUUUAAGUAAUUUAAAAGUUCAAAUUUAUAGGGUCGAAGCAUCAUUUAAGUCUUUUGAGGAUUUACAUACCGAUGUCAUUGAAAGACUGUUAACUCCAUUCAAUUUUUUGAGUCUUGAAGCACUCAUUACACAAUCAUUAUAGAGUUACAUCAUUCUACUUAUAUUAAGCGUAUCUAUACCAAUUUUGAUCAUUAUUUUAUUUUUAAUAUUGUGGUUCUAGAUUAAAACCAAAGGUGAUCGCACUACCUUCCUAAUGAAAUUAGCAUAAGUAAAUUUACAAAACUAAAUAGAUUUUUAUACAUAUUCAAGAAGCAUAUUAAUGGAUUUUAAUUUUUCCUAUAGUUUAUAUAUAGUCUACAUAUUUGUUCAAUUUUGAAAAUAUAGACUAAAAAUUGCAUUUAUCAACUAGGCUCAAUUCAUAUUUUAGAAUAAUAUUAGAAGUAUCUUCAAUUUUGGCAUUUAUACUGAAUUUCAUCAUAAUAGCAUUUCAACAAACAUUACUCUACAAUUAUAAACUGAAAAUGGAUUUUUUGAGUUUUAACAACAAUGACUCUUUGACCUACUUCAGGUUAUAACAUUUAGUGAUGGGAAUAGUUUAUAACAUCAAAUUCUAGUUUGUGAACAAAAAUGUACUCAUAUGAUUAUCGACUCUAGGUCAUCUUCUUUGUUGCAUAAGUUCUUUUCAGCCUAAUGAUUUUGUAAUAAUUUUAUUCAGGUGAUAUAUUUCUCAUUUUAUUUUAAUCUAAGAUCCAAAAACUUUAUGUUUUGACAUCACUCUUAUAUGUAAGCAUUACAAUAUCUGUGAUAUAUACUUACUUAGCCUAUUUUAUGAACCUGAGUGAUCAAGAAUACACGUUAAUUAUAUCCUUGAUUGUGUAAGCCUUUUUCAUUUUGACUUACAAAAAGGUUGUCUUGACCAAAUUGUCGAAUCUUAUAAUCAAGAAUAGCCAAGAUACAAAAGAUGUAGUGAGAAAAGUCUUUUUUUUAUCUGAAUUGAUAAACGAUAUGAAUGAAGUAAAGGAGCUCUUCUAUUUCGGAGUGAUAGUUCAUCAUUUGAAUACAUCCCAUAAUCAUAAUGACUGGAAAAACAUAGGGAUGAGGUGUUACUGUCAACAGAAGGUAAUAUACAACGCCAAAAAGGAUAAUGAUGUGACAAAAUCAUUGCAUUCUGUUAAAAAAAAUAAAAAACUUUAUACUAAAUUGGAAAUUAAAAGCCUUUAUGAGUAAUAUUUGAUAUCUUCAUCGACUGAUAUUGAAAUACACAUAUUAUAUAUUAGAUUUCUUGUAUUCAAUAUGAAUCUGAAAUCUUUGGCUAUUUCUUCUAUUAGUAAUUUACUCAAGAACUAAUACAAAAUUAAUUAUUUACAAAAGUUUCAAUUACGGUUGAUAAUCUAUUAAAUCAAAAUUAUGAUUCAGGAUUAGAAUACCUCAUCGUAUAAUGGUUAACUAGACUUUGAAAGAACUUUAGAAAUGGAGAGUACAAUUCAAUAGAUUAAAGUUUAUAUUUAAGAUAUUCUGAACUUAAAAAUACAAUUUUGGAAACAUCUUUUAAGAAAUUAAAUCAAUCAAGACACACUGAUUACAUAUGACGACUUAAUCAAUGAAAAUAUAUCUUAAUGCAAUUCUUUAUGGGACCUAAUUCUAAAUAGUGAAACAAGAAUUAGAGACAAGAUCAUCAAAAUAUCUUACUUAGAUAGAAGAAUAAAAUGGCAACUAUAUCAUUCCUGGUAUUGUCUUCAUAUCUUAAAUUAAAAAGUCAAAUCAAACCAAUAUGUUGGGACUGUUUCAUAAGAAGAGUUCGUCUACGAAGAUUCGGAAUCGGAUGAUGACAAGUAUGUAUUUAAUAAGUACUUCAAAGAUAAAUCAUUCAAUAAAUCUUCAAUAAUUUUGCAUACUGAUCUUAAUGGCAACAUUUUAAAGUAAAGCUAAUCUUGCUAAGAAUUAACAGGCUAUUAUACCUUGAAUAAUAUUUAUCAGCUCAUCCCUUAAACUAUGAUUCGAAAUCACUAAAUUUAAUUACUGAAGUUCAAGUCUCAAAGCAAAAAUAAUACUUUAUAUAACAGAAAAAAAGUUUAUAUGUAGCAUUAAUAGAACUACAUUAUACCUGCCAAUAAAUAUUUGAAGCUUGAAAUCAAUAAGUUUAAUUAAUUAGAGUUUAUUUGUAUGAUUAGGCCCUUUAUAAGAUUAUAAUAAUAAAAUUAUUUGAUUUUAAAUGAAGAUUGGGAAAUUGAUUCAAUGACUGCAUAAUUGUUGCCAUUAUUAACAUCAAAAAUAUGUGUAUUUAUUAUUUGUCCACAGUUAUUAAAUUUUACUAAGUAUCAAAGGUAUAUUACAUAAGAGGAUUUGUCCAUUUUUAACUUGUCAUUCAAAAAUGUACCCCAAUAAAAAGAUGAGGAAUCAUAAAAGUAGAAGGAGAGAGAGAAAAUAAAGGAAGAAUUAGAGGAUAUAUGUGUGUUAAAUAGUCAAAAUUAUUUUGAAUUUAAAGAUUUCUUCAAUAAAACUGCAGAUCAAACUCAGUUUACUUCAAAUCUAUAAAUCAUUGAUGAUGAAUUAAUACGUAUUGAGCAUUCCAACUUUUAGAAAAUUGUAAAUGUUGAGCACACUUAAAUUUUGUUGAGAAUUCCUAAGAACAUUGAAGAUUUGGUAGAAGAUUAUCAUAAAUAAAAAUUAGAGAUUUUGUCAGAUUUUUAAAUGAAAAAGUCGAUGAUUUUUCUAAAUUUAGAAAGACAUUUAAUUGUCAAGGACAAGUUCGGUUAAUUAAAAAUUAACUAACCCGAAUUAUUAAAAAGAAUUUACAGUUUGUAGGAAGAAUAUCAUCAAUCGCAAUACCAAAUACUAAGUAACACUUAAGUUAUUACUUAGAAAAAUUGUAUAUAAAAUAUUGUUAUCGUAAAAGAAAUCUCAAUAAAAUAAUUAAAGUGGAUGGAUCAAUUAAGUUUAGUCGGAGAAACCUGAUGGAUAAGAAUGUUAUAAUUAAGUUUAAUAGAUUUGAAAUCUAUGAAGACAAUUUUAGAUCAAAUAUCUAUGUAAAUUGGUCAUUUUAUAUAAUUUAGAAUUCAUUAGUCAUAAAGUAGCGGCAAUCACUCAAAUAAGUACAAAGCAGUGUCAAUACGAUGAACUAAAUAUAAAUGCAAUUGAACUAAUCGUACAGCUAAUACGUGGAUGAAUCAUUUAGAAUUAAUUAAAGCAAAUCUUUGAUAACGUACGAAUAAAUCACUGGAGACUUUUAUAAUUAAAAUUAAUAAAUAAAUUUGAGUCUUAACGUUGAGGAGAAUAUUUUCAUAAAGGACGAUCAGAAUAAAUGUUCUGUGGUUAGUUUGAAUGAGUUUGUUUAAUUCAAAUUGUAUAGCAGACUUCUUUUAUUACAGAUUCUAUUAUCUUAUAUAAUGAUAUGUAUAUUUGCAGAUUCGGAAAAUUCGAAGUAGGUAUUUGAUUAAAACAUCUCUCAAUUGAACCUUUUUUUCACCAUAUAAUUAUCUAUUUUAAAAGUAUAUAAUGCAUUUAUAGAUGUGUCAAUAUUUAAUCAUAAUUAGACUUAGGAUACAAUUCUUGAAUUUGCUAAUGUGAAUAAUGAUCAAUUUUAUGAUCAUUAUAAAUUGUUGGUAAAGGAACAAUUGAACUUAAUCAAGCAUACUUAUCAAUCUCAAAGUUAUAUUGAUUGUUUUUAUAAUAUCGAUAUACAUAGAAGUAACAACUAAUCAAUAAUUGACAUCUAUAAUUCGUAUAUUGUUAAUUUAAUCUUAUUCUAGUAAGAAUAAUUGGCAGAACCUUAUUCAAGUUUGAAAUUAUUAAAUCAAUUUAGGGAGAUUGUGUAUCCGUACUUAAUUGAAUCUUUGGCGAAAAUAAUUUUGGAAAUGACUAAAAACUUUGAGUUUCUUUAAGUUCAAUAAUUCUUUUUCAGAAUAAUAAUAAUCACUUAUCAUACUGUAUCUAGUAUUAUAAUUGUAAUUAUAAAUAUUUUAAUUGUGUUUAAGUUGAUAAAUAAAUAAAAUGUAAGAAUAAUCUGGUUAAUUAAUUUAGUUCGUUUAAUAAUAGAUAUUUGAAAUUGAGAAAGAUACUGUCUCUAAAGUUAAUUAGUAUUAUAGCGGCUUAAGAUAUUAGUUCAUUCAUUGUUUUGAAACCAAGAAUUUGCCUUUAAGUAUAAUAUUAAUCUAUCUCCUAGAACCUUUAUCUAAUUCAAUAAAUCAUUAGAUAUUUCAUUAAUCAGAAACUGAAACAAAUAAGACUAAUAAUAAGUCAGCAAAACACUACAAAUCAUUGAUGAUCUCAAAAUUCCAAUAAAGAAUUAAAGUAAUAACAAUAAUUUUUAUUUAGUAUAUUCUAACUAGUCAAUACUUAGUGCUAUAGCCAUUAUUAGUGUUAUCACUAAUAAUCAUUAAUGUUCUAGCACUUAUAGAAUUGUCUGAUAUGAAACACAAAUUCGAUGAUCAAAAUUUCUUUUUAAACUCUCAAAUAUUUUAAUCAAUGACUUUAGUUAAGGAGAUCUACAUUGCUGAUAAUGAUAUCCUUUCUGAAAAUUUAAUUGAUGUUGAAUACUUUUAGAACCGUUUAUCUUUCAUCUACAAUGAAUUAGAAGAAAAAGAUAUUGAGUUAACUAAUUAUUUUGAAGAAAAUGCUAUACUAAACGGAAAUAUUUGCUAGAAUGAGAUAUUUGUAUCAUAAGAACAAAUAUGUUCAGAUUAUUUAAAUGGUGCUUUGAGACAUGGAUUAAACUUCUAUUUUAAACUUGUAUCUUAAAUGAUAUUGGUAACUUUAAAUACUACAGAAAGUAGAUUUGAUAAUCUAACUCUUGAUGAUAUCAAUUACUAUUAAUUGGUAUGUAUAAUUAUAUUUAAUAGUGUAACAGUUCUAAAAUGAAAUAUUUGAUUCCUCAACUUUGGCAGUGAAUUCUUGGAACUUAAAUAUCAUAGAGCAAUACUUUGAAUUUUUGGACUUAGAAAUUAUUAUCAUGUAUCAACUAUCUUAUAUUACCAAGGAUUUGCUUUUUAUCAAUAAUAGGCUUUUAUCAUUUCAUAUUUUUUGAGUUUCAAUAUUUUCAGAAAUUGAAAAUACAAUUCUCCAAAGUAAAUUAAUUUUAUAAUCGUUACAUACCUAAUGAAACAUUACAGAAAUAAAAAAUUAUGCGUUCUUAAUUUUUAAGAAGAGGAAUAAUCAAAAAAUGA